AUGUCUUCAGUCGCGGCCACCAUGGCGGCCUUCUUCCUAUGGCUGAAGCCUGCCUCCAAGACCGAAUCGACGUCGGUCCCAGGCGCCACUCAAACAAACGCUGGCAAGGCGACCAAGAAGCAGACGGUCAUUGAGCGAACCCCUCGGGAAUACCCCGACAUCAACACCAUCCGCAACGCCAUCCCCGCCCACUGCUUCCAGCCCUCGCUCUGGAUCUCGUGCGCGUAUCUCGUGCGGGACGCCCUCUUCAUCGCGGCGCUGGCCUACGCCGCCAUCACCUACAUCCCCGGCAUCGAGGACGCGCGCGUCCGCGGCGCCGCCUGGGUCGCCUACGGCUUCGUCCAGGGCCUCGUGUGCACGGGUCUCUGGAUCCUCGCCCACGAGUGCGGCCACGGCGCCUUCUCGCUGUACCCCCGCGUCAACAACGUCAUCGGCUGGGCCGCCCACUCCUUCCUCAUGGUCCCUUACUUCUCGUGGAAGUACUCCCACGCCCGCCACCACCGCUUCACCGGCCACAUGGAGAAGGACAUGGCUUUCGUGCCCCGCACCGAGGCCGAGCACAAGGAGCGCCGCAUCCUCGGCAUCCGCGUCGAGGACGACCUCUUCGAGGACGCCCCCAUCGUCGCCCUCGUCCGCCUCCUCACCCACCAGCUCUUCGGCUGGCAGGCCUACCUCCUCUUCAACGUCACCCGCGGCGUCGACAGCCUCCAGCGCGAACCCUCCAGCUGGUGGCCCCAGAGCCACUUCGACCCCAUGAGCCCCAUCUUCCGUCCCAGCGAGCGCUUCUGGGUCUUUGUCACCGAUAUUGGCCUCCUCAUCACCGCGAGCAUGAUCUACUACGGCGCCACGAUUGUCGGAGGCUGGAACAUGUUCCUCCUCUAUGCCGUCCCUUACUUCUGGGUCCACCACUGGCUGGGGCUCCUCGCCACCGUCGACCGCGACUUUGGCUUCAUCGGCCGAUAUCUCUUCCACGGGAUCAUCGAGACCCACGUCCAAAAUCCCCUUUACUACGCCGACGAAGCCACCGAGGCCAUCAAGCCCAUCCUCGGCGAUCUGUACCACUGCGACCACUCCUUCUUGGACCAGCUUUGGCCCACUUUCACCGAGUGCAAGUACGUCGUCCCCGUCGAGGAAGUUCCCGGCGAGAUGUACUGGGCCCACACCGUCAAGAAGAGCCAGUAA